AUCAAACUUCCGGUUAGGGGAAGAGUAGGGAGCCCUCUUUGUGAGGUAUUUUGCCUUCGUAUGUUUAUUCUCCUCCGACCUCCGUUAUGAAGAUCACCCGGCAGAAGCACGCCAAGAAGAACAUGGGCUUUUACAAGUACAAUUUUGGCUUCCGGGAGCCCUUCCAGGUGCUGCUGGACGGCACUUUUUGCCAGGCUGCGCUGCGCAACAAGAUCCAGAUCCGCGAGCAGUUGCCGGGUUACUUGGCCGGAGCCACGCAGCUCUGCACGACGCGAUGUGUGUUAAAAGAAUUGGAAUGCUUGGGGAAGGAGCUGUAUGGUGCAAAACUAAUUGCACAGAGAUUUCAAGUUCGCAACUGCUCUCAUUUCAAAACACCAGUGAGUGGUUCAGGCUGCCUGUUGUCCAUGGUUGAGGGUGGUAAUCCACACCAUUAUUUCAUAGCUACACAGGACCAGCAUCUGGCAGCAAAAAUAAAGAAAAGGCCUGGAAUUCCUCUCCUGUUUAUUAUUCAGAAUACAAUGGUUCUGGACAAGCCUUCAGCCAAAUCUUUGGCCUCAGUACAAGCAAUGCAAACCAAUCAGCUGAUUCCAGAGUACCAUAAACAGACCAUUGCAUUUCUCAAAGAGGAAAAGGGCCUUGUGAAAACUUCAGAACCCAAAAGAAGGAAGCGGAAAAGGGCUGCUGGGCCUAAUCCUCUAAGCUGUCUGAAGAAAAAGAGAAAAACUGAAGAUACCUUACAUUCUUCGACAUCUAAGAAAAAGGGAAACCGGAAGCUCAGUAAAAAGAAAUCAGACACUAUGACUGGGGCUGUCCAGUCAGGACUACAGGAUCUGAAAGCAUAGCAUUGUUCCAGCAAUUUUAUGUGCAUAACUCUUUAAUGCUGUUGAAAAAUC